AUGAAGAAAACAGCAACGAGGCAAAUUCGAGGAUGUUGAAUGAUUGCGACACGUGAUCGGAUAGCCACACAGUUCGCCGUACCGAUUUUAUUUUGCACCCGGCUGCCAUAACCGAUUCGACAUCGACAGCUGGAGACGCUAAACUGCUGGGGAUGCUCCUAUGAACAGGAUAGUCUUAAAGAAAGUUUCUGUUCUUUGGAGAGGGUUUGCUACCAACAGCCAUGUAGACGGCUUUAUUGGUGCAAUAGGAAACACGCCAUUGAUAAAACUGAAGAGGCUCUCUGAGGAAACGGGAUGCACCAUAUUGGGCAAGGCUGAAUUUCAGAAUCCAGGCGGGAGUGUGAAAGAUCGCGCGGCGCUCUACGUCGUUAAGGACGCUGAGGAGAAGGGCAGGCAGCCAGGUGGAACAGUGGUAGAAGGCACGGCUGGCAACACCGGAAUCGGUUUGGCACAUGUAUGUCGCUCAAAGGGUUACAAAUGUGUUAUAUACAUGCCCAACACGCAGAGCCAAGAAAAAAUAGAUCUGCUGCAGAUGUUGGGCGCAGAUGUUCGCCCAGUACCAGCCGUCGCGUACGAGAAUCCAGAAAAUUACAAUCACCAGGCCAAACGAUAUGCGGAAUCCAUUUCAAAUGCUGUUUGGACGGAUCAAUUCGAUAAUAUUGCUAACGCCCGUGCCCAUUAUGAAACGACUGGCCCUGAAAUCUGGGCUCAGACAAAGGGAACUGUCCACGCGUUCAUCUGCGCAACAGGGACAGGAGGAACUUUAGCUGGCGUUGGCAGAUUCCUGCGUGAGGUGUCUGCCAAAGAAGGCAAAAAGGUCGAAAGCUGGCUGGCUGAUCCUCCAGGAAGUGUGUUAGAUAGCUACAUGAAUUCAGGUGGCAAGCUCAUGGAGCGUUCGGGUAGUUCCAUAACUGAAGGGAUCGGCCAAGGGCGUGUCACCCAAAAUCUUGCGACAGAGAUAGGGAACUUAUCGGGCUCGAUGACGAUUCCUGAUGAAAAGUCAAUAGAGAUGGUGUACAGACUGCUUGACGAGGAAGGUCUUUAUGUUGGUGCAAGCACAGCAUUAAACGUUGUCGCCGCUUACGAGCUAGCGAGAAAGCUAGGCCCAGGCAGAACCGUGGUCACCGUCCUAUGUGAUGGAGCAUAUAGAUAUCAAACCCGUCUGUUUUCUCGGAAAUGGUUGGAAUCCAAAAGUCUGAAUAUUCCUGACCACUUGCGAAAAUACGUUGUACUUCCUUGAUAUAUGUGGGCAAGCACUCUAUCUAUGGUCUAGCGCAAUCCAUGGCAUGCCGCAAGCGUAUGGUCCCCUUGAUGCUAUGCCGGACCAUCAGAAUAAUCCGC